AUGGCUCAGAAACUUGCCAUCCUCUGCUGCUCCCUCUUGAGUGUGGCUGUUGCCAGUUAUAUCCCUUACGGUGGAUAUGACCACGGACACGGAGUGGGAUAUAGCAUCCAGACGCACCACGAGGCUCCCAAGAAAUGGCAUGAUCACCACCAGGAUCACCAUCAAUGGGCUGAGGCUCCGAAAGUAAACUCGUGGGCGCCAGUUCAGGAUCAUCACCACCAGCAGUGGGCGCGAGUGGCUUCGCACGACAGCCACCAGCAGUGGAGUCACCACGAGGAGCCCAAACACCACCCUAAGUACGAAUUCGACUACGGGGUGAAGGACACCAAGACCGGAGACAUCAAGCAGCAGUGGGAGUCCCGAGACGGGGACAAGGUCAAGGGAGGCUACACCAUGAAGGAGGCCGAUGGUCGUACCCGAAUCGUUGAGUACACCGCCGACUCCCACAACGGAUUCCAGGCAACCGUGAAGCACGUUGGACAUGCGGAUCACUUCGAGCACAGCCACGGACAUGGACACUAGUACGGACAUGGACAUGCCACCAGCUACGCAGAUGUGAAACAGGAUACCAGCAGCAAGUGGGAGG